CGCUGUUCCAUUCAGUUUUGCGAAUUGGAAAGCGUAAAUAGAUAUUCAAUGCCGAGCUUUACAAAAGCCGCGCUGUGUGAAUUUAUCGGGAUCAAAUUUAAAUGUAUGAUCAGGUCUCUGAAAAUAAAAACGAUCUGGAUGCGAAGGUUGUUUCGCAUUGAAUGUUUUUGUGGGACCGAUGUGAAGAGAGGUGUAGGGCAUCGGCGCAACGCAGCGGCGCGGCGCGGCGUCGAUACGUGUCCCGCGCAACGGCCUGACGUCGCCGCGGGCCGCGGGCCGGCGCACUCCGGCAUUCGGGCCUCGCGACGGACCGUCGCCGUCGUCGCCAGCUCCGCGACUGCCUCGAUUUUCCAGCGACGACAAACGCUUACUCAGCGACGUGCGUAUACCUGCUAAGUGAUAGUUAAGUUUAACGUGAAAAAAACAAAUCCAAAGCUGUUAAGUGGUACCUACUAUAAUAUCCCCAACCUAGUCUGGUGAAAACAAACACAUCGCAGUGUUAUUCGCGCAAGCGCGCCGCACGCGGACAUGUCGAGGUCGGCCAUCUUGGCUGAAGACGCACUUUCGCCUCGCCCCAGCUUUAGACUUUAAGCUGAAACCCUUAGCGGUAACGAAGGGGGUCAGAAUGUUCCACGGGCGAGGCGUCGCGGCGGGCGGUCUUUGAGCCUGCCCGCUCGGCGCGGCUAUCGAUCGUUUCGAGCGCUAUGGCGCUCGCGGAGUGAAUGCGGACAUCGGGACCGUGCCGCAGCUCCCGCACGCGAGCGGCGCGUCCUACCAGUGAUAGUGCUAGAGUGGAGGCGCGGCAUGUGACUCGGCGUGCCCGCGUGGUUGGGAGGGCGCGCGGGCGGCGGCGGGCCAGGCUGACCGCGCGCCAUGGGCGAGGAGUAUCCGCGCUCCCCCUGCGAGCGGUUCCCGGCGGCGGGCGCGUUCAGCGUGGCACCGCCGGAGAGGCUCAGCCCGCCGCCGCCCGCGCCGCUGCCGGAUCGCUUCUCAGCGUCUCCGAGGCGGGUGCGCCGUUGCGCGGAGGCCGAGCGCGCGCGGCGACCGCGCUAUGUGCCGCCGGCGGCUCACGUGCCGGUGGAGCGGUACGUGCCGCGGCCGCCGGCGCCGCUGCGCCCGCCACCCCCGGUAUACUGCGGGUUGGCGUGUCGGCCGCCGCCGCCGUCGUCGCGCAAGUGUUGCGGCCCAGCGUGCCGCGAGGACCUGGCGGGCUCGCCGCCCCCUACUCGCUACGUGGAGUACGUGGGCGCCGCCGCCGCGCGACGCCUGGCAUGCACGCCGCCACCACCACCGCCGCCCGCGCUGCAGCUGCCCUGCGAGCCACAGGAACCUCCGUGCUGUGUCCAAGCCCGCAGGCGACCGCAGCCUCCACAUGAUUGGCGCUCAAGCGCAGGCUUGCUGGCACCUCAGCUGGCAUGCCAAAGCGCAUCGCCGGCGCCGGUCGCGUCGGCUCCCCUCCCCGCGCCCGCGUCUCCUCCGCGGGUGGUGUCCGCGCCGCCCGCGCCGCUCGCGCCGCCCCCCGACCCCGUUCCCCAGCCCGCUCAGGAAGACGGCGUCAGAUUGCGCAGAGUGCACACCGUCGCCGUGCGGGAUUACCUUAAGAGAGAGACGCAGACGUUCUUCGGCGUACAGAGGGACAAUGAGAGGGAACAACGGCGGCUGUGGUACGAGAGGCGGAGGAGGCACGCGGCGCGGGCGCUCGGCGACCUCCGGCUCGACCUGCCUCCGGAUCAUCAUCCUGAUGAUGAUGAUAUUAGUAUGUAUGGAGCAUCGGGAGCGGCACCAAGAGAGGCCCGGGGGCGGGCGCGCGAGCGGCCCGACGUGCUGCCCGCGCCCGCAGCGGCGGACGAGCCCGCGCCCCCCGCCCUGCCGCGCCCCGGCAAGGACAGCGUCGCGCGGCUCACGCUCAGCGGCCUUUCAUAUGUUGUUACUGCGGUGACGCGGCGAUCGCGGCAGUCGUCGUCGGCGCAGUGGUCGCGAUCGUUUCGGAGUAGCGCGCCGCAAGAGGAGGGCGACGUAGACGACGUGUUCUUCGCUGCGCCGACCUCUGCUGCGCACCACGAUGACGAGGUUGACGGAGUAAAGAGCGCCCGAUCGCCUCUAAGCUCCGGAGGCGUGGAGUACCGACGGCCGGAGCGGAGCGUGUCGUGGGGCGCGGGCGGCGCGCGCAUCCACACCCCGAUGCUGGAGCCUUUGGCCGACAACUCCAACCGAAGGCAGUUCGGCAUGGGCGUCGUUGGACGAUUUUUCAGACGGUCGCUCCGCAAAUCCGUGACACGGCAAGAGGACGUGGCGCAGCAACUGGACGAGCUCACAGACUACCGGCCGUACUUCACGUGGUGGGUCAGCACGGUGCAGACGCUGGUGCUGCUGCUGAGUCUGCUGUGCUACGGCUUCGGGCCCGUCGGCUUCGGCCGGCACACGCAUUCCGGACAGGUGCUCGUGAAGAGCUUGAGUUUGCAACAGGUUGAAUGGGAAGAGCCAGCAUCCUUCUGGCUCGGGCCGCGGGCGGCAGACCUUAUACACUUAGGUGCUAAAUUCGCCCCUUGCAUGAGGAGGGACGCUAGGAUAGCGCGCGCGAUAGCAGCUUCAGCGAGAAGAGAACGCGACACGGCGUGCUGCAUACGAAAUGACGAUUCUGGCUGUGUACAGUCAUCCAAGGCUGAUUGUUCGAACACAAUAUCGACGUGGAAAAAAUGGUCGUCGGGUGAGUCCGGUCCCGGAGGUCGGAUAUCGGGCUCUGUUUGUGGGCUAGAUCCAAAGUUCUGCGAAGCUCCACGCUCGAUAGCCCCGCACGAAUGGCCGGACGACAUCACAAAAUGGCCGAUCUGCCGCAAGUCUGUGAUCGACGGGUCCGCCGCGGCGGGCCGCGCGGGCCACGCCGCCGAGCACAUGGCGUGCGAGGUCAUCGGCCACCCGUGCUGCAUAGGCGUGCACGGCCAGUGUGUCAUCACGACGAGAGAGCACUGUGAUUUUGUUAAGGGUUACUUCCACGAGGAAGCGUCGUUGUGUUCACAGGUAUCCUGCCUCGACGACGUAUGCGGUAUGCUUCCAUUCAUGCGUCGCCGACGUCCCGACCAGCUGUACCGCGCCUGGACCUCUCUGUUCGUCCACGCCGGUUUGCUCCACCUGGCGGCGUCAUUAGCGCUGCAGUGGCUGUUCAUGCGCGACCUGGAGAAGAUGGCGGGCCCGGUCAGGAUCGCUGUGGUGUAUCUGGGGAGCGGUGUCGCCGGGAAUAUGGCUUCAGCGAUCUUUGAGCCUUAUAGAGCUGAGGUGGGGCCGGCUGGAUCUCACUUCGGCCUGCUGGCGUGCCUCAUAGUAGAAGUGAUCGGCGCGUGGCCGCUCCUGAAACAUCCGCGACGCGCGAUCCUCAAGCUCAUAGGGCUCGCGCUAGCGCUGUUCGUCCUCGGCCUCCUCCCGUGGAUCGACAACUUCGCUCACGUGUUCGGCUUCGUAUUCGGGUUCCUCCUGUCGUACGCGCUGCUGCCGUUCAUAACGUUCGGGCCGUACGAGAGGCGGCGGAAGAUCGUGCUGGUGUGGGCGUGCCUGGUGUCGGCGGGCGGCAUGAUGUGCGCGCUGGUGGCGCUGUUCUACGCGGCGCCGGCCUACGAGUGCGCCCUGUGCGCGUACUUCACGUGCCUGCCGUUCGCGCCCGACAUGUGCGCGUCGCAGGACGUGCGCGUGCGCCAGCUGGACGGGGUAUGACGGCGCGCGGCGCGGGCGUGUCCGCCGCCAGAGCCCCCUCGCCCGAAGCGACCCGCCGCCUGUCCCAGCCGCCGUGCCGCAGCCUAGGGACAUACCAGAGACACCCGACACCUGCCCAGAUACUGCCAACUCUCUACACUCAAUGUCUGAAUAACUCCAACUUUAUUGCGAGAGCGAUGAAGUCGGAGAUAUCGGAACUUGCGUUCUUGUUCGUGUCGAUAUUUUUUUGUUUCGAAAAAUAAUUCGUCGCACUUACUUAUGGAAAAAUAAUCUGUCUCUCAAAGUAAACCGUUAGAAGUGAAUUAAAUCAAUUUAAUACCAUUUUAAUAUGUGAGCGGUUGAGAAUUACCUAUACUUAUUGAAUUUGUUGUUUGAAUGGACUAAAAUUAUCUCAAAUUUUCAAAACAUGCAAUUUCGAGAGUGUGUAUAAUCGAUUAAAAAUAAUGUGAUAAUAUCCACGGGUAACUUAUCGUUCGAAGCGAGUAAUUGUUGUAUAUAACUUGUAUUAUAUAUGUGUAAGCCGCUGAGGGCCUACCGCGAAUCACGUUCGACGUGUUGCCUCUCUGUCGCACUUGUAAAUUCGUACGUAAGUGUGACAGGGAGGCAACACGUCGAACGUGGUUCGCGGUAAGGCGCUGUAUUUAAAUGUGCGGAUGUCGAGUGCAAUUUACGGGAACGUCGUGCAGUCGCAACGUACUUAUAAAUAAAAGUAUUUUUCUAAUUACAAAUAAUACAAAAUAACGUCGGGCGAUUUCAAAUGUAGAAUAAACUCUGUUAUAAACAAUUGCCAUGUUACAGAUGUGUAAAAUGAUUGUAGGGAAUUUUCUCUGUAUUCCCGCUAACCAAUCACAUUUAAUAUUAAAAUUUUUAGCUACGAUUCAAAUUCAAGAUUCAAAAUUAUUUAUUUCAUGUGAUUUAGGUACACACAUAGCAAUACACAACAAUAAACAAUAAACUUGCAAGAAUUACACAUAAACACAACAUAAGCAAUUUAGCAAUGAUAUGAGAUCCUCAUUGCUAAAAUGCUAAAGAUGAGGUGCAACAGCUAUCCUCAGCGGAUUGUUACUUAUAAUAAGUAUAUAGUAGUGUGCUAAAUAUAUAUAAUUUACACAAAACCUGCUGUGUUGUCAGAAUUUAAUAAAAGUUAGUUUUUUCGGUAUUAAAACUAUGCAGGUACAUAUUAUAAAUUUCUUGGUACCGACCUACUCGUAUAAUGUGAGGGAUUCAGAGAAAAUUCCCUAUAGGGUUAUUACUAGUUCUGCGUUCAUUCGUCGCGGUUAUAGCUUAAACAUGUUCCCGUAAAAUGGUGUCAAAAUAUACAUAAUUUAGUAUAUUACUAAAUAAUGUAAAUAGUGUUAAAUAAAUAUGUCAUAUUUUCAUGUCUUAAGUUUAUCAUGCAUAACGAAUUCAGUCUUAUCUAUAAGUAUCACAAUAAUAACGUUUUAAUUUCGUCAAUUUAUAUAGGUAUAUAAUGAAGUCUGCGUAGGUUUAUAUAUGUUAUUUUAUAAAAUAUGCUAGUAAAUAUUUAAACCAUCUAACUUUAGGAUUAUUUAUUUUAUUACAUGAGCAGUGAGCAGUGGGUGUUUAAGUGAUUUUGUGAAUGAGGCGUUUGCAGUUUCAAAUCUUAUUGAUAAUGAAAGUUUACCGAUUUGACGUAAACAAAGUGGUAGCCCUGGUAUGUUACGAGGUUCAGAGGGCCUACCGCGAACCACGUUCGACGUGUUGCCUUCCUGUCACACUAACGUACGAAUUUACAAGUGCGACAGAGAGGCAACACGUCGAAGGUGGUUCACGGUAGCCCCUUAGAUAUCGAAACAACGACAGCUUUUGACUCAUGAAUACAGAGGUAUAUUCGGUGUAGCUGGCAGCACUCAGAAAUCAGAGGACCUACCGCGAACCACGUUCGACGUGUUGCCUUCCUGUCACACUAACGUACGAAUUUACAAGUGCGACAGAGAGGCAACACGUCGAACGUGGUUCGCGGUAGCCCCUCAGAUAUCGAAACAACGACAGCUCUUGACCCAUGAAUACAGAGCUAUAUUCGGUGUAGCUGGCAGCACUCAGAAAUCAGAGGGCCUACCGUGAACUACGUUCGACGUGUUGCCUCUCUGUCACACUAACGUACGAAUUUACAAGUGCGAUUGAGAGGCAACACGUCGAACGUGGUUCUUGAUAGGCCCUCAGGUCCAGGAACUUGUUAAUGCGUUUAUUAUGUUCUUAAGAACUCUCAUUAUUACAUAAAGCUUACCAAUUUAUCGUAUAAGUAACGAUAAAGUGGAGAUAUGUACCUAUAUUACUUUAUCAAUCAUAAAUCAUUCAUGAUAUUUUAGUGGGCAAGUUGCUUAAUAUGUGUAAUAAGUUUGUUACUGGUAGUGGAUCCUGUAUCGCAGGGUAACCUGAACUUGACAAUUUUUAUACAAACUCGGAACCAUUGUAUAUAAAACCAUUUCUGUAAGUAGUCCUUAUAAAUAUGAGACAAGGGAUGUCUUAAUACCUAUGAUAUUGACGCAUACAAUUAUUUUUAUAUCGAGUUACUGAAUGAACAUUAUGUUUUUAAAUAUCCAAAUAAUAUGUAGUUGGAAAUUGAGAGUCGAUAGCAAUAAAAAAGUUUGUGCGACUGGUUCAUAAAAGUAUUUAAUAAAAUAAAAUACAAAAUAGUUUUGGGUUAUGCUCGGAAUGUUGAAGAAAAUUAACCGUGGUAAUUAUUGAAAAUUUUGGUGUCGAUUUUUAUUCCCGGCUUUUUACAUUUUGCAAGUUAAAUAUUCACUUAAAUAUAAAUCCUGAUUAUUGGAGUCUCUUUGCGCGCUUUGUUAACUGUGUAACAUAUUAUAAGCGGAAUAUUUAAUUUUAUAGAGCCUUUUACUUUCAUAAGACCAGGCAUCAAAUGAUUAAUAGAUUGUAACGAUACACUGCCUAAGCUUUUAAUAUUAUUUACUAUCUGUCACUUGUAUGUAACAUGUCGCAUCGAAUAAAGGCACUAUCCUUGGCAUGAUCCAUUUAUUCGUCUUUCUUAAAUUAGAAUAAAAUUUAUGGAAAUGGAAACCCGUCGUUCCAAAUUAAAAUGAAAUCAGUCGAUCAAUAAUAAAUAAUAAAUAAAUAAAUAAUAAAUAAAUAUUAUAGGACAUUUUUUUUACACAAAUUGACUAAGCCCCACGGUAAGCUCAAGAAGGCUUGUGUUGUGGGUACUCAGACAACGAUAUAUAUAAUAUAUAAAUACUUAAAUACAUAGAAAACAACCAUGACUCAGGAACAAAUAUCUAUAUCAUCAUACAAAUAAAUGCCCUUACCAGGAUUCGAACCCGGGACCAUCGGCUUCAUAGGCAGGGUCACUACCCACUAGGCCAGAGUGGUCGUCAAUGAAAUCAAUGAAUGAAUUGUGAUAAUGAAAUCAGUUCGUUUUUAUUCCAAUUCCCUUUAUAAAUACGCUAUUUGUUUUAUAAAUAAAACCUGAUAUUUGCAAUGUUAUAAAACUUAAUGUCAAGAGUGCCAUUACUCGAUGACGCCUUUAAUGUGUGUGAGUUGUACUUUUAACAUACGUACAUCAUGCAAUAACAUUGGGGUACCUAUAUUAUGCAAUAAUACAGCCAGAAGAAGCAAUACUUAAAUAUAGAAAUACUUAGAUUGAGUUUAUCGUUAUCCAGUAAGUAAAUUGCUGCUUUUCAAACAUUUUGUCGAAUAUUAGAGUAUGAAUGGAUCAUCUUAUAAUAGUGGAAAUAUUGUGGAUUGAAUCUAAAAUACCUUAAAUUUUACAUUAAAAAUCCCUUUUAAUUUAGCACAAUCUUAGAGAUCCUAAUUUUUAUUUUGUUAUGUACUUCUUAUUGAAUUGCGUGUGCAAAGACCCAUACAAUUCGAAUGUUAAAGGAACCGACUCUGUGUACUACCUAUAUUUAUUCGCGGCGUUAAGUUAUACGGACAUAGAUUCUCUAUUCAAUUUUACAUGAGAAAACUAGAUAUUGAAAAGACAAGACAGGCUUUUUGUGAGCUAGUUACCUAUAUGCAUUCAUUCAAUGUUUGUUGCUAUUGGAAAGCCAUUCGAUAUACCGGGUGUGGCCUGUAAUAUGAGCAAAAAAUUAAACUGUAGGCUGUACUCCUCAUACUGACCAACAUUUGUUCAGCGACUUUUAAAAAUAACUUGUGGUUUGAUUUUUAAUACACUUUAAAGUUUAUUCUAAGACGCAAUGUAUUUCGAAUUCUGUUAUGUUUAAGGCGUGACAAGCAACGUCAAUCACAAUGAUUUGGCGUGGCAAUGGCGUCCAUUGAAGAUAAUAUUUAUUUUGUAUGAAAAAUAGGGAGUCUAAAUACUUCAUAAUUUUUAAAAGUUGUCGAAAAAAGUGUACCUUUUGAGGAGUACAAUUUAUGUUUUAAUUAUUUGCUCAUGUUACAGGCCACACCCGGUAUAGUGGUGCUACGUAAUGUAGGAACGGUAUCGCUUACGUCAGUAAGUUCAAUUUUGAUAACUUGACAGGUGAUCAGCGAAAUUUACCUAUCCUAUCUAUCUAUGAGUACUGACAUCGGUGAGACCUAUUCGCAAUUAAGCCUUCACAUGGAGUCAAGUGACAGUAGCUGAAAUUGAUUCUUAUAAUUAACAAGCAGCAGUAUCGUAAUUAUUAAAGUUCACUUUGAGCUAAAACUUAUGAUCAAAAAAUAUUAAAUUAAAUUUAAAUUCGUACGGGAAGAGUGCCAUGAGAGAGACAUUUUACUUUAUGGAGUACACAUUUAAAUAAUUAGAGCCACAAUUUAAGCAUGUGCAUUCGACAUAGAUUAAAAUCUACAAAAAAUUCUAGGCUUUGAUGACGGGGCAGCCCUACUGCAGCCUAGGGCCCAGAACUCCACCGUUAACCAACUCUCUUUAUAUAUACACCACAAUACAAGCCUUCUUGAGCUUACUGUGGGACUUAGUCAAUCUGUGUAAGAAUGUCCUAUAAUAUUAAUUUUUUUUUUUUUUUUUUUUUAUAUGUAUUUUUUUUCUAGUUUUAGUUUAAAUAAACUUGUUGUCCCGCUAAAAAAAUCAAAUAGUAAAUAUUAAAAAAAGACAUAUAUUUUGGAUCUUUCAUAUUUUGGCUGUUUCAUACCACUCUCUCUAAAACUGGUCUAUUGAAAUGUCCAGGAUGUGUCCGUAAAUUAAAUAGUUCAACUUUGUAUAACGAUUUACUUUUUUUAACCAUUUUACAAUCGCUUCGUUACCUACCUACUCAAAACAAAAAUAAGUUUCGGUAACUACCUAAUAAUGAUUUAUAAUAUAACUUAAUAUUAUCUAAAACUUCAUCGUAUUAAUGUAAAAUUGAAAUUACUUUUUUAAUGGGUGUUUUUAGUAUGUCUUCAAGUUUAUUUUUAGUUAAUACAUGCCUAUUACUAGUUUUGCAGGUAAGCCAUUUUCAUUUUCCACUACAGACAACUUGCUUGUAUGGAACUCUCGAGUCUGUCUCGAGAAGCAAAGGAGUUAUUUACUAUGUGUACCUACCUACUGUCUUAUAUGUGUAGCAGGUUUUAUGAAGCGAUUGUUGUAAUUCUUACCCGCUAAUUAGAUACCUUUUUCCAACUACGAAAUUGCACGUUCCAAUAAUCGUAACGAAAUCCUACAAGAUAUGAUGUUUUAAAGUGGAGUUACUUACGUAAAUACUGGUUGCUAGCCAAUAUGUAUGGAAAACGGUUUCGAAUGGCGAUUUACUAUUUUGAGCAUAUCAACGCUUUUUGCGAGUCAUUGUCCCUACGUUUUUUUUAUUGUGUAAGGAAUAAUGUUUACAAGAGCAGAGUUCGCAGCUUGCGUUGUUAUUGGUGUGCUCCCGGUAUUGGAUUACAAAACAAAAUCAGUCCUAGAACCGGAAAAUUCAGUUUCUAGCCAUACAAAAUCGGUACCGGGAACAUCUCCUAGUUGUUACAACACCUUUUGACUUAUUACUUCGAAUUUUAUAUUAAGAAAAACGUUUGAUCGUUGUGUGAAGUGUGUUCGUAUGAAGCUGGCUAUCAACAUUUUGCCAAAUAAGUUCACCGCGUUAUUUCAAAGUGCCCUUGCGGCCGGCGGCGGCCCGGCGGACUGUUUCUGAAUUUAACUCUAAGACAAAAUUUACACAUUGUACAUUGUGAACAUACAAUUAAUUAAUUAAUUAUAUGAAAUGGUAAAGUAAUCUUAUUGUAAACUAGCAUUAAUCGAACAAAAAACCUUAUUAUCAUAAUA